CAGCAACAGUUUUACAAACAGCAGCCUGCACAUGUACGACCUGCAAGAGAUUCCCGCCAGUAGGAAGUAUGUCGUUGUAGGUGAUAGUCGACUGCUCGAAGUGCAAGCUAUCGGUAGCAUCAAUCUUACUUUCUUUCAGGAGGAUGAGAAUGGUGACAAACGACCAUGUGUGUAAAGCUCACUGACGUGUCUGUAGUAGAAAGCCUAAGCUUCAACUUGUUUUCCACGCAUGCUGUUUCUCGAAAGCAACAAAUCCUGCACGACGAGCGUGGUGCAACCCUUCAAAAUGGACUGCUCUUUGCUAGGGAGGAAAAAGCGUCUGCAGCAUAUGCCAUGCGGUUACCAUACGACCCAUCUGCGACUAUAGUAGACUCUGCUGCUUUGCCUGCAUUCGUGACUGCCCCCGAUUCCGCCCCCGCCGUUGGCUCCACGCGUUCCCCUUCCCAAAAAGGGGGCUCCGCGGAAUCAUUGGUGUCCGUGUUGCGUGUUCCUUCCGCAGGCUCUGCUACCGUAGUACCUUCGAGUGAGAGCGUCCCGCCCACUGGUCCCACCAGUGUAGUACCUGCGAGUGAGAGCGUCCCGCCCGCCGGCUCUGCCGACGUAGUACCUUCUUCGGCUUCCGAGUUUGUGUGUGUGGGUACUUUUCCUGGUAUGGAUCUAGGAGAUACGAGUGUGCUCACCGACGAGCAGCUCAUGGAUGGUUAUGAUGACACCCCAUAUCAAGAUUUUUUCCUCGUAUUUAUCCCAGAGAGUGACGCUGCGAAUGUGGCUGGUGUUUUGGAUAGCAUUGAUGGGGGUGCUGAUUUUGACUUGGGUGCGGCCGCGCUUGGCCCUGGUGCGUCCCCGUUUGCUCUUGGUUCGACUGAAAAGUCCGUUGACAUCAACCGCUUCCACCGCUCCCUUGCCCACGCUUGCGAGCCUCUUUUGAGAGAAACUGCCCAGCAGAGAGGCAUCGUGCUCACCGGCAAGCUGGAACCGUGCACGGACUGCAUGAAGGCGAAGGGCAGGCGAGCGUCGGUGCCGCGGGGGCCGGGAGCGCGGGCGUCCAAGCCUCUCGGGCGUGUUCACCUGGACCUGUGUGGACCGCUGGUGCCUUCCCUGGGCGGCAACCUCUACCUGUUCGUCGCCGUGGACAGCGCCUCGCGGUGGAACAAGGUCUACGGUCUCCGGCGGAAGUCCGACGCGCUGGCGGCAACGAAAAGGCUGCUGGCAGACGUGGGGCGGUACGACCUCGGACGCAUCGAGUGCUUCCGCGUCGACAACGGCACCGAGUGGACUCGCGGCGAUUUCCGGCGCUUCUACGACGACGACGGCAUCGGCGUCGAGUUCACCCCGCCUGGCGUCCCGCAGUACAACGGCGUCGUCGAGAGCGCCAUCUGGCGCAUCAUGAAGGCCGGCAUGGCCGCCCGCCGCAGCGCUGGCCGUGUGUUCCACGUCGACUUCGCCUCCAUCCCCGGCCUCGACGAGCGUGGUGACCGUCUUUGGAUGGAAUCGGCGAAGUGGGCCGCCGACGCUCUCAACCAGUCGGCGACCAAGGCCAACCCCGGGCGGCGCUCGCCGCACGAGAUGUUCACCGGCGAGCAGGGGCCGUUCCGCGUGCUGCCGUUCUUCCAGCCCGGCUUCAUGCGCGAGGACCGCCGCACCAAGCUCGACGACCAGGCCACUCUCUGUUACUACCUGAACGGCGGCGACAACCACCCGAGCGGCACCGUCAAGGUCCUCAAGGCGUCCACCGGCCGCGUCGUCUACACCAACAACGUGUCGUGGGUGACGUCGGCGCCAGCCGGCGAGGGGGGUUCCGCUGGUAUCACCGCUGCGCCGACACCCCCCCCGUUCACGCCGCCGGUCGUCUCGAUCAACUUUGGCCCAGCACCGACGCCUUCGACCGCCACACCGCCACCGCCAGCGCCCACGCCGUCGCCCGCUCCCGCUCCCGCUGCCUCUUCGCCCCCUGCCGCAACGCCGCCGCCAGCGACCACGCCGCCGCCCGCUCCCACGACUUCACAGCCGCCCUCUGCCACUUCGCCGUCACCGUCGGCGACCCCCGCUCCUGGCAAUCCGUCCUCUGCCUCUCCGCCGUCACCGUCGGCGACCCCCGAUCCAUACCAGCCGCCGCCGCCGCCGGACCCCGCGAUGCCCCCGCUUACGGCUCACGCCAUGCGGCAGCUUCGCCCGGGUACAAAGGCCGAGGGUAUGACAGACCCGCGGCUGCCAAGCCGUACGAGAUCGGGCACGAGGCACAGCACAGGACUCAUCUCGAUGCUAGACAGGAACACUCUGGUGUCGAUGCUGGAGGCUCGGAGCGCGGUGGAUAAGGAGCGCAGGGAGCUGGGGGGGGCGGAGGCCGGAGAGCCGGGGGGAACGGGGGCCGGAGAGCAGGCGGGAGCACUCGCAGCAGUGGACCCGGGGGCUGCAGGAGCGGGCUUUCCACUCGCAUUUGCCACGCUCCUCGCCAACCGGGAAGACAUCGACGCCACGCUGCGAGACCAGCGCCCGCCGGAGCAACGCCCUGACCUUCCGCAUUGCCAGGCCAGCGACCUUCGUGUCCCCAAGAGCUACAAAGAGGCCAUGGCGUCGGAGCACCGGCACCUUUGGAGCGACUCUAUGCAAAGGGAGUUUUAUGGCUUGUUGGAAGCGGGGACUUUUACUCCGGCGAAGUUGACGAUUUCUCAGCAGACUUUCACGGACGAGCUAGCAGCAGAGUAUGGAGUAGUGGGAGGUAGGAGCGUUCCGAUGUCUUCGGGUGUGAAACUUUCUGAUUUUGAUGCGGAUGAGGUGGCGACAGAGUUUCCGUUUCGUGAGCUGGUAGGAUCGUUGAUGUGGUUGGCGACUCAGCGUAGACCAGACAUUGCGAAUGCAGUAAGGGCAGAAGCUAGGUAUUGCGCAUCUCCGAAGCUGGUACACUGGAAUGCAGCGAUGGAUAUUUUAGGCUAUGCGAGGAGGAUGAGUCACGUUGGUUUUUCGUUUCAGAGAGGUACGGUAGAGGGAUUCAGCUUGCAGGGAUACGCUGAUGCGGACUUUGCAAGCAAGGCAGCAGACCGUAGGUCGGUAUCAGGGGGGAUCGUGACGUGUGGAGGAGGCGCUGUGCCUUGGUUUUCCAGAACGCUAAAAUGCGUCACGCUUUCGACGACAGAAGCAGAGUACGUCGCGCUAGGCGACGUAGUGAAGGAGAUUUUGUUUUUGAGGCAGAUUUGGCGUUUCAUGUUGCCGCAGGUCGGCAUGCCGUGCAUCCCCGUCUUCGAGGACAACCAGGGGGCGAUUCAACUAGCGCAGAACCCCAUCUCAAACUCGAACUCGAAGCACAUUGANGAACUGGUAGAGAGGAAGGAAAUUUCGGUCAUUCACGUGCCGUCGCCGUACCAGCGUGCAGACUUCCUUACGAAGAGUUUGCCCAAGGAUGCUUUCGAGUCUCACCAUGAUUUUGUGAUGAAUUUGGGAUGAACAUUUUAUUGCUUUUCUGAUAGGUUGUGUUUUGGUUUUGUUUUGCUUCUCGUUUUGUUUCCCGUUUUCUUUCAUUUCCCGCGCCAAGUAUUUGUUACGCGCGAUGCAGCAUUCAUAUUCCUUUGAAUUGUUUUUCUCUCUCUUAUGUUAUUCUGGUAAAGUCUUGGUGGCAUAUCGUCUGGGAAAGACGUCUUUUGGUUGAGAUAUCGGGUGUUAGCGAAGUUUUCAGUGAGAGACUGUUGCGAGCAGGGGGGAUGUUAGAUAUACUCGCAGCAGUAUCUGGUCGUGAGGAUCCCAGGGGAUACGUGUUGGGAAUUUCGUGUAUAGUAGGGUACCACCGGUGCAGUCGCGGGGAUCCUUUUGGCGUGGUUGGUGCGAUGGAGCUUGCGUGCGUGCUGCGCACUCCUUCCCUCUCUCUCUCCACCAACACC